AACAACCCACAAACCGCCCAGCAGUAUCAGAACUAUCCACAACAGCAGGCAAACACUCAAUAUCAAAAUCCUGCGCAAGCUCAACAGGGCAAUCCACAACAAUAUCAAUCUACUCCACCAAUCCAACCGCAGACGAAUACACCCCAAUACCAACCUAGUCCGCAGCAACCACAGACAAGCACCCCGCAAGCCCAACCUAACGACUGGCAAUCACCAACAUAUACAAAUACCCAGCAAUCACCUAUACCUCCUUCCAACCAUGUGCCCCCUAUUCCGAAUAACUACUUCCCUCCUCAACAGACUCCUAGCCCUUCCCAAGCGCCGCAGCAACCGCAGCAACCGCCACAAGGGCAAUAUCAACAAGAAACUAGUAUAAGUGGUACACCUUUUACACCUGGAAUAAACCCUACCCAGAAUGUGAGCCCUGUGUCUCCGGCGCCGCAGAACGUGACCGCAUUUUCGCCAGAUAUGAAAAAUCAGGGUCAACAAUGGCCUGAUAAUGGACAAAUGAACGUACAACAAAAUCCUCAAAAUAUUGCAUCGCCCGAGAUCCCACAAAACACCGCCCAUUUUAACCCAACGCCUCCACCCCAAGGGUUCCCCACUCCUUCAGUGCCUCAAAGUGCCACUACUCAGCCACCUCAGUGGACGCCAACUCCGACGUCAGCUCCUAUGAGCCCCGCAAAUCAGUAUCAAAUAGCUCCCAUCAAUCCACCGCAGUUUUCGCCUGAUCAAGUCUCACCACCUCCUUUACAGCAAUCAGGAGGACCUCCGGAAGCCACACCAUCUCACAUAGAAUCUAAGCCUACCACAUCUCAACCGCCGCUGAGCUCUGUGCCUCCGCCGACUGAGUUCAUUGCCGAACUUCCAGCUGACUGGGGAUACGCACAGUCAUCAGUCAACCCACUGUCAAAGCCCACACCACCGCCCCAGCAAUAUCAGGCGUAUCACGCACCAACCGGGUCACGACCACAGUCAUUCUCAGUACCGCGUCGAGCGAUUAGUACAAGUAGUGUAUCCGCUCAUAUCUCAACUGGUCCUUGGCGCAUUGUGGAUCCUAGCACAGAGCAACCAACUCCAGAGUUUUUCGUCAUUGCCGAUCUUCUAUUUGACGGACUGGACAAGAAGUGUGAGCCCAAGAAUACAGGUUUCCUCGAAGCUUCCAAGAUUCUUGAAAGCUGGAAAGUGCAAGAAAUGGCGGACGAGCCUGCAAGACUCUUCAUGCACAAUAAUUUCCACGCAUUCGCGUCACUGUGGACACUAGAAGGGAUCCCGCACGUCAUGGUCCCCAACGAGCCUCGCCUUACACCUUCGCAAAUCCCGCUUCCUCAAUCCCUCAAGAUCUCGCCCAACCUCCCAGCGCCAACUUCCACCUACCCAAGCUACAUCCCCGCGCUCAACCGAGCCGGAUGGUACAAGUAUUUCUUCCUCGAGGUGGUCGGGGAACGCGAAGGCCUAGAGAAGAUGCUGCCCGCCUUCUGCGCCGACACGUAUAACCCAGCCACCGCAGGGCACCCCGAUCUCUCCCGUCGGGAUAAAGGCGAACCUCAGUCUCUAUCCGCGCGCGCCAAUGCGCUUCGAACCGGUGCAAUUGCACGAGUGUGCCAAGAGGCUGCAGCAGCUAUAGGAAGGACGAAUGGCGGCAGCUAGGCUCGAUCCAGCACCAGCCAACAAGGCGAUGGUAUUACGGAAGCGGAAGUAACUGCCAAAAUGCGGAGCCUUAGAACCCAGAACCCCUUACUCUGGUAGGUGUUCGAAUAUUCUCGAUGACCGCCGGGAAUACGUACGUGUCUGUUAGAGCCACUGCAGAAUAGUCAUCCCAUCGAAUCAAAUUAUCAGUAUGAAACUUUUCUUU